AGUGCACGGAGCAUGUUUGGGGGGAGGAAGGGGGCUGCAGGUUGACCAUCCCAGUCUGUAACUCUCCCCCUUGCCCACCCCCAGCCCAUGGGCUCCCCCCCCGCCGCGCUCCCCUCCUCCCGCAACUCCGGCGCCGAGGAAGCCGAGCCGGAGGCAGUGCUGAGCCGGAUAUGCAGCGACUCCGCGCAUCCCUCCUUGGCAGAGCGCGGUGACACCGCGGCAGCCACCACGGAGAGGACACAGGACCCCCCCCUGGGCCCACCGUGCCCCUUCGAGGGGGUGGCCUGGACCCCGAGACCUCCCCAAGGCCCCCCACAGGGCUGCUUCACCUGCAUCUCCAAGCCCCCAGCUCUCCGGCAAGGUUCGCCCAUCCUGUCUCCCUCUUCUGCCAUUUAUCUCAUGGAGAGCAAGAGCUGCAAAGGGGACAGCCUGCGGCCAGCGGUCCCGUGCAAGCACUCGGUGGAGAAGAAGACAAUGACCAACCCCACCACUGUCAUCGAAAUCUACCCCGACACCACCGAGGUGAAUGACUACUAUCUCUGGUCCAUCUUCAACUUCGUAUAUCUCAACUUCUGCUGCCUCGGCUUCAUCGCCUUGGCCUAUUCAUUGAAAGUCCGGGAUAAGAAACUCCUCAAUGACUUAAAUGGAGCAGUUGAAGAUGCCAAGACAGCCCGGCUUUUUAACAUCACCAGCUCAGCCCUUGCCACCUUCUGUAUCAUCCUUAUCUUCAUCUUCCUGCGAUACCCCCUCACUGACUACUAGAGUGAGGCCAACAGCAGCAGCCGCCGCCAAAAUGCCUCUAUGCCAGAAGUGUCUGCAGUUGUUUCUUGUAGCAAGGAUGCAAAAAAUAGAAAAAAAAAGAACAAAAAAACAAAACACUCCACCUUGAUUGCAAAAGAAAAGCCAGUUAAAUACAUAAAUAAAAUUAAGUGAGUUUAUCAGCCCAGUUGAGCAUACCUUUCCUACCCCCAAAGAGUAUGUGAACUGCUGUAGGAAAGGUUCUCAGUCUUAAACAUGUACAGGGAGAAAAAUAGACCAAGAAAUAUUUAUUUUAUGGCCAACAAGCCAUGUGACAAGAGCAUGCAAAGCCCAGAGUGGUGCAUGCCUAGUGGCAGACAGCUGAACUCUGGGGAGCAGUGGGGUCCUGCCAAGAGGAAGGCACAUGCAGUGAGGGAUAGGGACCAUGGCAGGGCUGGCUCACAACAUAUCAAGUGUGUUCAGGCUGCCCCACCACCCCUUGAUGUACAGAGUUUCUUUUCCUUUUCCUCUCUUGGAUUUUGUCUACUGGUUCAAACAAUUCCCAUCCUGGAGAGCUGAGGGUGUUAGGAAGUUCAUGCUAGGGAGCCCCAAAGCCUCCAGGGAAACCCCAAAGUAUUAAAGGGCAAGUUUCUCCUUGGGAUCUCCUGGCAAUGCUGAGAAGGAAGGCACCUUCUGGAGAACUCACCUAAGCCCCCUAAACUGAGUGCUACUGUAUUUCUGUAAACAGUCAA